AUGGUCGAGGACAUAUCGCGCGAGGAGAGCAGCUCUUCUCGCCGAAACGACACCGAGGAUCGACAUCACCAUCGUCAUGGGGAAUCCAGCAGACGACAUAAGGAUGACGGCGAUGACGGAUCGAGAAAGCACAGCAGCCGUAGCAGUCACAGCAAUAGAAGUAGAGACGAUGAUAGGCAUCGACAUCGUAGCGGCCACCACCAUUCUUCGGGCGGACGCGACAAGCGGAGGGAGGGAGAGGAUGAGGAGGCACGGAGGGAGAGGAAGAGGAGGCACAGAGAGGACGAGCCGGACCACAGAAGGAGGCAUGAGAGUGGAAGUAAGCACAGUCGUCAUCACCACGAACGAGCUGAGUCGGGGCAUGUAUCCAAGAGCGACAAACACUCUCACAGAGACGAACAAAACGCUUCGCCCACGCGCGUGAAGCAGCCUGCCACCGACUUCAUCCCCACAUCCGAAUCGCUUGCACUCACGUCCCACCCAGCAGCAGAUGAUGCUAGUAAACUCAAACGCGAUGACUGGAUGACCGGCGGCUUCGGCGGCGACGCAGACUUCUCUUCGCUUGGCAAAGCCAGAGUCAAACCGCCACGACCCGAAAAGCCCGACCCGGAACAACUCCAGAUCAGCUCUCGCGAGCUCAACACCCAAUUACGCCAAGGCAAGACCGUCGACGAGUACGAGACUCCCACCGACGCUGAUGCACCGCAAUUUGGAGCUCCUGGUCAUCAAUGGCGGAUGAUGAAGCUCAAACGUACGAUCGAAGCGGCUGAAUCCGAGGGAAGACGGUUGGAAGAGGUGGCGUUGGAGCGGUAUGCGAGUUUGGAAGAUUUUGAACGGGCGAGGGAGGAAAAGAGGUUUUUGGAUGGGAAAGGCGGACGGAAGGAGAAGGUUGGGCAGGCUGGAAGGAGUACGCCGACGCUGCAAAGUGUCGCCAGGAGGAGCUACCUACUGGCUAGCGGAGGCGAUGGAGAUGGAGAGAGGUCAUCUAGGGGUGGCACUGAUUCAGAGGGCGUGUCACGACCUGGAAGCCGACAAGCCUUCAGAAGGCCAGGAGAAUCAUCACAUCCGUCUACGCCAACCCCCGCCCCAGCCAAGGCUCCGCGAAAUAUUGGCUUUGAAACACCAUCGUCAACGCCAGCGACGCCCACAGCAAUUCCAAGCGUGUUCACGCCCGUCAUCCAGCGUCCAACGCAGUCGCAACUUCCAAAGGGCAUCGUGCUCGAUGACGGCUCUUCCGACCCAGAUCGACCGAUCCUGACUGCAGACCAACUGAACAAGUUGCAAGCCAAGAUUAUGCAAGCAGAACUCAUGGGUUCGACCAACCUCGACACUCUGCGGUCAGAGUACGAUUCGGAGAAAGCACGUGCCGAAGCGCAUAGAUCUGCAGGCGAUCGAGGCGGAGCUUUCGGCGCGAUUUCCGGCAACACUAAGGAUGAGACGGUCACCGUACUGCAGGAUGGAGAUCGACAGCUCCAAGUGUUGCCUACGUUGGAUGCCAGGGGUAGGAUGUAUGACGUCGGUAGCAGCACUGGCGUCGACACCACCUCCGGCGUCCGCUCCGAAUCUAAACGCAAAGCUCGCAAAGCGUCUGCAGUCGACGACGACGAUUCCUCGCUCACACUCUCCGACUUGGUCCGACAGGAACGUUUUUCCGCCGGCCCUUCCUCGCUCAAAAGCAUCGACGCCACUCUCGCCACCUCCAUCAUGACCGACACGCACUUCUCCGCUGAUCUCGAAGAGCAAGACAACUCAGCCUCCCGAUACGCUUCUUCCCGAAAAGCCAAUGCCGAUGCAUUGAAACGUCAGUUCGCGAUCAACGACUUCGCCCGCACCCAGCGGGCCUUGGAAAAGUGUCGAUUCUGCUUUCGAAACCAAGGCUCCUCUCCACCUCGCGUUGUACUUAUCAGCAGUGGAUACAGAGCCUACCUCUGCAUACCCGACAAAGAAGCGGUGGCGCGAGAGGAAGAUCACGUGCAGAUCGUACCCAUGCAGCACCACCUGAGUCUUCUGGAAGCCGACGACGAUACGUGGGAAGAGAUGAGGAACUUCCAAAAGUGUCUGGCGCAACUCGCUUCAUCGCAGGGAAAAGUUGUCGUGUUCUACGAGACCCUGGUGUCGAUCAAAGCUCAACAGCACGCUGUCAUGGAAGCGAUCUUGUUGAAGAAAGAGGUGAUGGAUAGGUUGCCAGGAGUGUUCAAGGAGAGUUUGAGGGAGGUAGGCGGCGAAUGGAGUACACAUCGAAAGGUGAUCGAGUUUUCGCCCGAAAAGCCGUUCAGAAGGGCGCUGGUCCCGCAGCUGCCGUACUUUGCGGUGACGUGGGAUUACAGGUGGUCGACCGGCUACGGACAUAUCAUCGAGAACCCCACGGGAGGUAACGAGAGCAAGGAGGAAGCAAAUGCCUACGAUGUCGAUGAGAUGGCUGCUGGCGGUGGGACGGGAGCGAGAGCAAGGUUCGAUCCGAACUUUGCGAGGGACAUCAUCAGAGGUGUGCUGGAAGACCUGGAUGCCGACGACGAUGAUGGCUACGUGAGGUCGUUCGGAAGGGACAAGGUGAGGUCGGAGGGAGAGAAGCAGAAGAUCAAGCAAGUAUUCAAGAAAAGCUGGGAUAAGGUGGAUUGGACAAAGAUCCUCGAGAAUGGUGGCAGUUCUUGA